AUGACGAUCAUGGAACAGCGCCGCACGCCCGAGAUCGCCCUGGAAAAGCUUCGUCGCAUUAUGAGCCGCAUUUUCCACGACAACGAGCCGCAAAUGACUCUUUCCAUCCACCGCAUCACUCCAAUCGGGAAGAUCCUCGAAGGAGCCAGGGAAUCCAUCCAAAUCUUCAUCCGUGCGCGCGAGGGUGUUGACAUAGCGGAACCAAAUCAAGUUGCGGGCGCGACGAUUACCCCCUCCUUGCAACUUGCCCAUACAACUUCUAUCGCCAGCGUUGGCAGUGUCCUGGAGCCCCACGAUCGAAACGACGUCUCGACUCAGGUACUGCUUGAAAUACUCCUUUGGUGUCCUGCGCUUGCCUCCGGUGCCGGGGAACUUGUGGAAUCCGUAUCUCCAGGUAUUGUAAUCCCCGCAUCUUUCGAUCGAGGUAUCGUUGUCUGA